AUGGAGGCCGGAAGGUGGGUUUUGUGUAAAUCGAUGAUUCGACGAGUAAUUACGACGUCCCACUUGUGUUGCGGGGAGUGGGUAACUGAGGGAGGAGGAGAAGACCAAGAGCCAGCCCGGGAGGGGAAACCGGGAAAGGGAGAUCUGGACGAGUUGCGAACAGGACCCACAACAGAAGAAAAGUAUUGGAAAGAAUAUUCCUGUGGUGUGAUUUUAGAAGGACAUGAAAUCAAUUCAGAACCCAUAAGAAUGGGCGAAACUGAGGAAGGAGAGGGGCAAGAGCAUGAUAGCCUCAAGUCCUUGACAACCCGAAAGAGGAAAAGAAUAGUGCUGGACAAAAUAUUGCACAUGAUAGCAAGGACGAGUGUCGCAUUAUUCUUAACUGUUGUUAGAGUAUUGUAA